ACAAUUUUACUCAUUGAUGAACACUUUUCAUCCAUCAAUCAUACUAAAAAUGGAAUACUCAAACACACACGUCAACUUCCUAGACACCACAGUAUACAUCAGGGAUGAUACGCUUCAAACCUCAAUAUACAGGAAACCCACUGACAGAUGCAACUACCUCCACAGUUCCAGCUUCCACCUCCAACACACGAAACGUGCCAUCAUACACAGUCAGGCCAUUAGAUACCACCGAGUAUGUUCUGACCCAAGAGACAGAGAUAAACAUCUCGGGACACUAGCAGACUCCUUCCAUAAGAAAGCCUUACAAGGACAAAACUAUCAACACCGGCAUAAACACAGCCUUGAGAACACGAAGAGAAAAUCUACUUCAGUACAAAGAGAAAAAAACAAACAACCGUGUACCUCUGGUAACCACAUACAACCCAGCACUAGAAGGAAUAAGAAAAAUAAUCAAAGAUUUACAACCCAUCAUAACAGAGGAUGGAACUCUGAAAGAAAUAUUCCAGCAACCCCCAAUACUGGCCUUCAGACAACCCCCCAACCUCAGAAAUAAACUAAUCAGUAGGAAACUUCCUUCUCAUCAAGAUGUCACAAAUAAUGGAAG